UCGUGCCGUUUACCUGCGUGUACGAGGCGGCGGAACACCGGAACAACGAACCACAGAAGGAAGUCGGUUGAUGCAGUGCACGAGUCGCGACUACUAAUUCUUUCCCUUCCCGUGGCGAAGACGAGGAAGGAGAGAGGGUGGGGAAAUCAGGAUUCUUUCUCUUUCACGCUCCGCCUUCGUGUGCUUCUCUUCGUCGCAAUCUCUCUCCUUUCUUUAAUUCGAUCUCUGUUUCUGUCCAUUUUUGUUCUCAUGGACGGCAAUCUCUGAGGGGCCGUGGCGAGCGGGCGCGGCGGUUCUCGGCCUAACUGCAUGCGACCUCUAUAAAUCGUUUGACACCCUGCGGUCGAAAUCCUUCUCUCGCCAUCUUUCUCUUGCUCGCCUCCUCCGCCUCUUCUUCAUUCUCGCUCGGGAGGAGUAAAGGCAGCGUCUUGUUCUACUUCGUUGUCUCCUUCUAAUAAAAACGCACUUGUUUCCGGUAUUCCUUUGUUUUAUCACCCUCUUUUCUCUCGUAUUGUUGUUUUUGAGGUUAAUGGGAUCGUUCUUGGAUGGGCUGCAACGGUUCUUUUGAAAUCUGCUUUGCGGUGCUUGAGUUUUGAGUUGGAUUUCUAGGGAUUUCGGUCCUGCGCUGUUAUUAUUUGCAAUGAUGUUAGUUUUGAAAUCUGCUUCUUGUUUGAUUUCUGUCUUAAAUGAUACCAAUUUUUCCUCCCUCUCCGGAGUACAUGGCAACAUUGGCACUUUUUUUGUUCCUUGCAUUAGUUGUUCUAUUUGUGGAGGAUUUUAAUUGAAUUAGCUUAUUCGAUGAGGUUUUCAAUUAAUUUCCUUUUGAUCUUGGUAUAUGCCUUCUGUUGAUGAAUGUUUUCUUCUGUUGCAUACGUAUCACACAUUGGUUCAUUCUUUUACAUGGUAGACAGCCAAAAUGAUCGGUUCGCUUCUCAGUAGAGCGUUGUUAAUGGUCUUCGGCUAUGUUUACCCGGCUUACGAGUGCUACAAAACCGUGGAACUGAACAAGCCAGAGAUUGAGCAGCUGCGAUUCUGGUGUCAGUAUUGGAUUUUAGUUGCAUCACUAACAGUUCUUGAGAGGGUUGGGGAUACCUUUAUUUCAUGGUUGCCAAUGUACAGUGAAGCAAAAUUAGCGUUCUACAUAUAUCUGUGGUAUGCCAGAACAAAGGGAACAACAUAUGUCUAUGAAAAUUUCUUUCGACCAUAUAUUGCAAAGUAUGAAACUGAGAUUGAUCGUAAUUUGCUUGAGUUGAGAAAAAGGGUUGGGGAUGUGAUGGUACGGUUUUGGCAGAAGGCAGCUAGCUAUGGCCAGACAAGGUUCUUUGAAUUUUUACAGUAUGUUGCUUCACAGUCACAGGCACCAAGAGAACAGGGUGUUCAGCAAAUACAACAGCAAUUGCAAGCACCCUCUGCAUCAUCAGUUGCUCAACAAAAACAGUUGGACCUCUCUCAACAAACUUCAACAGUGCUGUCGAGGCCUACAUCAUCCGGUGGUGUUCAUCCAGCGGUCUCUCCUGCCCAGCCACAAGCACCAGUGCCCAAUCUUGCAAGUAAGGAGCAAAUGCAGGUCAAAAUAAUCGGUUCUCCGGCCAAUGAAGACUCAGAUAGGACAUCUCAAGGGACUGUAAUUGAAGAUGUGAUACGGAUGGCACGCACAAAGUUGAGAAACCGAACUGCUGUCAGCUCCUCUAGCCGUUGGGAGAAUAGUGAAGAAAAAAGCAUUGCUUGAUGAUUUGUUUGAUUGCUAAUGUAGUUUCAAAUUCCCCUGUAUGUAAAUAGAGUUCACUUUAAUCUGUAAAAUACAUACAUACAUCAACGGAUAUGAUAAUCGAGAUAGAGCAGUUAGAACUCGUUGA